AUGUUAGCAGAGGAUCAGCUGUACCUUUUAUCAUGCAUUUUUGCUACAAGAGCAGAUGCUAAAAAUAUGACGCGACUGGCUUCCAAGUUUAAAGACUCACAAGAUUUCAUUAAUGCAAUAAUCAUACUAUGGCCUGAAUAUGACGAACCUAAAAAUCUAAAAUUUCUAUUUGUGGACUCUGUUCAAGAAGAUUCGAGCAGUGAUGAAGACCUUAUGAUUUCAUUAAUUAAUGGUGAUUCUGAUUUGAUUUCUAUGGUUGAACUGGAUCCAGAAGAAGUUACCAGUAGGGUAAAUGAUGUAAAACAUCACAUCGAUUCCGAAUUACAAACAUUAGAAGUUGCUAAUAACGGAAAGGACCUUAACUGGCUAGCAAAACGUAUAAUAUACUGCAAUAAUAAAUGCCCUGAGAAUACAUUAUUAUACUCAUCAUUAUGGGAUGAUAUCAAGACCAAUAAUAUAAAUUUCCAAAAUUGGAUCAAUAAUGUAGUAUUACCCUUAAACUCACUAAAUGAAAGACUUAGAAAAUCAAUAAAGAUAAAAGAGUUUAUGGAAAUGGAUAUAAACGAUGUCUUUCAAUUAAUCCUAGCUACAGACCACAGUGGCAAUAAUCACAACAACAUUAUUAACCACAUAUUAGACGAAUUACUACCGUACCUAAGAUAUAGAAGUUCGGUUGAUGCAUAUAGUAAAUUUUUGGAAGAUUGGUAUACCAUUGAUAGAUUUGAUUUCCAAUAUCCACUUCAAACUGAACUAUUUGCAAAACUUUUCAAUGGUAUCAAAAAUGAUUUAAUAGACAUGGAAAAGGACAAUUUUUAUAAAAGGACAUUAGAGAUAGUUUUUAUUAAAUCAGGUCAGGGGUUGAAACAUUCUGAUAUAGUCAAUUUACAAGAAGUGUUGAAACAUAUCCCUAACGAAAUAAAGCUUUCAAACUAUCCUAAUAUCACCUCUAAGUUGUUGAUAAGUUAUUUGGAUUCAAUAAAUUUAUUCCUACCUCAAACAGAUUUAAUGACUCUAUAUACUAUUGGAACCGAAAAGGAAAUAGGACAAAAGAUGCAUUUCACAUCUAUUUGCAAUGAAACGAUAUUAACUAAUGAUGCAAAAAUUUCUACAUUAUGUGAAUUUAUAAAUCAAGAACAUAAAGAAGAUGACAAAGAUUAUGUUAAGAUAUUUAACAAAUUAUCCCGUGAACAAGAUCUCAGUAUUUUAUAUGAGACAUGUUUAAGUCUUGGUAAAUUUGAUUUAUUAGAAACAUUAGGUCAAGAUGAGACCACUAAAGAUAAUAAAUUGGAAUCGACUUUGCUAGAAAAAUAUUUUUGGCAAUUUUUUAAAAAUGAAACAAAUGGGGGAUCUAAGAGGCCUGGAAUGAUAAAAUGUCAAAAGAUAUUAACUUUGUUACAAAAUGGAUCUAAAGUCAAAUCAUAUUCAAACUUGGAAAUGUUAUUAGAGGUUAGUGACACAUUAACAAAUUAUUCGAUGAAUCUAGGUAAAAAUGUUAUCUUCAAGCCAAGCAAUAUCUUAGAUUUUAAAGAAGAUCCAUUUAAGAUUAUUGAAAUUUUAUUAGAGAAUAAUCCACAAAUGUAUAAAUCAAUUGACAUCAAUCUAAGUAUCAUCGAAAAAUUAUUUAUUGCAUUGGAUAAUGAUAUCUCUACUGUGACAGGCAUAGAGUCAUAUGGUUAUAAUAAAUUAUUAUCGAUGCAUAUUGAUCAUUCAUUAGUUAAUUUAGAUUUUCAAUUUGCUUUAAAACAAUGUAAUGAAUUAAUUCAAAAUUCUAAAUAUGCUUGUGAAUUUUGGUUUAGUAUUUUACAAGUUGGUAAAUUUAAGGAUCCAAAUUGGAUUGAUAAUGAAACUCCAACAGAAAUUUUAUUUAUGCAAAUGCGUCUCUUGAGUCAACUAUUACAAGUUUGUCCAGUUGAAGAAACUGAGGUUGUUACUCAACAAUGGAGUGAAAUUGAAAUUGAAAUUGCAUCAAGAGAUUUAAUUCAUGAUAAAUAUUCAUUGGAUUAUUCAAACUCUAGGAGUGCUAGUAAUAUGUUUAAUACGAUUUUCACAUGA